CCCUGUUAUUUCCCAGUCUACGAAGCUUAACUAAUCUAUCUACAAUGGCGGCAGUGGAAUCAGCUCUCCUCUUCUCCUCUUCUCCCACACUUUCUUCUUCCCCGAAACUCUAUAUUUUCAGCAAAUCCACCGUUCUAAAUCUUCGAAUUCGCAGUUUUUACCCUUCUCUUUCGCGCAAUUUACCUCUAUGCCCCGGCGGCGGCCACUCUCGGCGGCUCGUCUCCGCCCUAUGCUCCGUCGCAGAGGAAGAAACAUCGCUGGAGGAAAAAACUGACGGAACCCAGAACACAAAUGUGAAAAAGAAGCUCUUUGUCUUCAAUCUUCCAUGGUCUAUGAGCGUCAAUGACAUCUCGGAGCUGUUCGGACAAUGUGGAACCGUGUCUGAUGUCGAGAUUAUAAAGCAAAAAGAUGGGAAGAAUCGAGGGUUUGCUUUCAUUACAAUGUCUUCUGGAGAAGAAGCUCAAGCAGCUGUUGAUAAGUUUGAUGCUUAUCAAGUCUCUGGAAGGAUUAUAAGGGUGAGCUUUUCAAGAAGGUUCAAAAAACCUCGACCAGCACCCACUCCUCCUCCUCCUCCUGGCUCCAGAGAAACACGUCACAAGCUCUACAUAUCAAAUCUGGCUUGGAAAGCAAGAUCAACCCAUCUGCGGGACUUUUUUGCUGCUGCAGAUCUCAACCCGGUUUCGGUUAAGGUUGUCUUUGACACCCCCGAAGGAAGAGCUGCAGGCUAUGGCUUUGUCUCGUUCGCUACUAGAGAAGAAGCCGAAACUGCAAUUUCCAAGCUCAACGGGAAGGAGCUAAUGGGCAGACCCAUCAGUUUAAAGUUCAGCGUAAGGACUGCCAGCGAAUCUGAAGACGAGGAUGGAGCCAAGGACGGUACUUCUCAAGAGGAACCCACAGAAUAAACAUUCUUCAUUCUCUGUGUUGUGUUUCUCUUAUGAUGGCAUGGUAACAUGAGAAUUUGACUGUCCAUCAAUUUAUUGCAAUUUCGAUUGUCUUCUUUCUGCUGCAUAGUCUUCAGUAUCCA